GACGCCGUGGCGCUGUCGCGCCAGGCGCGAGGGCUCCAGGAGGCCCUGCGCGAGGCGCAGCAGUCCGCGCCCCGCCCGCACGACCCCGCUGGGUCGCUCGGCGGCGCCACGCCGGCUCUGCCUGCGGAGGCGUUGCAGGAGCGCGGCUGGGCGGAGGCGGCGGAGGCGGCGGAGGCCCGGCUUGCGGCCGCUCAGGCCGCCGGGCCCCCGAGGGAGCGCGGCUGGCCCGAGGUGGAGGACGCGGCGGCGCCGGCCGGCCAGCCGGCCCGCCCGGUGGGCGGCGCGCGGCGGUGGGAGGAGGAGGAGCCCCUGCUCGCCGCCCUCGACGCCGGCAGCGCCGCCGCGGCCGCCGCGGGCCCGUGGGCGUUCCUGCCCGCGUCGCCCCCGCCGGGCGACGCGGAGGCCGAGGCAGAUGCUUUGCUCGCGAACGCCACGGAGGCCCCCGCGGAGACCAGCACGGGGAAGCCCCCACUGGAGAGAGACCCGCUGUCUUCGGCAGACAAGGCUGCCAUCUGCGGGGAGGACGCGCAGUUCGAGUGCAGCCGUGUCACGGAGAUCCUCACUCUGGGCUACAGGCUCUCGGCGUUCUGGUCCGUCGUCGCCUGGGCGGUGGCAGGAGUGCUCCUGGGCACGUGCUGCUGCUGCGGCUUGGCCUGCGGCUGCCCGCACAGGGCGCGCUGCUGCGCACGUCGCGCAUGCCGUGCUCCUUUCGUACCCCUCCGCCCGGCGACGGCCGGCCUUCGGCCCCAAAGGGCGCCGCGCCCCCCCCGCGGCGCGAGCGCGCGCGGGCGCGCGCGGGCGCAUAGGAGAGCGGGCGCGCCGCGCGCCACGGCCAUAGCUGAAGAGGGACCGGAGGAGAAAGUCUUGCGCGCAUUCUUCUCUUGGCUGCUGCCAGACGUGCGGAAUCAGCGGGGCAAUUGCAGCAAAGAUGUUGCCCACGAUCACAGGUGGUGGGACCGCCUCUGGGCCAGUUUCAAGGCGAGCGACAGCAUGGACUGGCCCACGUUCGACGCCGUGAUCCCCUGGGACUGCAAGAUGGGCCCCCAGGCCCGCAGGAUCUUCGACAUCCUUGACGACGGCUCCGGCAUGCUCACGAAGCACUCCCUGCUGAGCGCGCGGAGGCAUCACGAGAGGACUCUGGUGGUGAGCAAGCCGAACGGGCUUGAGGCCCUCAGGAAGAUGUUGAUGCAGCGGUACAGCGGCAGUCUGAUGAUGGGCUGGCGCGCGGUCCUGGACCCCACGCACCGCGGCUUCACGAGUCACGCCGAGUUCGUGAAGGCCUGCAAGGGCGUGGGCUUCGCGGGGGACCUGAAGGAGUCCUGGAAGCAGCUCACCGGAGGCGCGGGCCGGCGCCGGAGGCCCGGAAGCAGCUCACCCGAGGCGCAGGCCCGCGCGGUCGCCCUGUGGCGCGAGGGCGUGUGCUCGAGCGCGCUCUUCGGCGACCUGACCGCGCGGGAGUCGAAGAUCCUCUUCGCGGCCCUGGACCUGGACUACAACAAGUUGGUCGACGUGGACGCCUGGAAUUUCCUGGCGGUCUACGACACCAGGACGGCCGAAGAAGCCGCGGAGGACGGCAGAGGAGAGCGGCCGGACCGCGGGGCACAGACCUCGGGGUCGCUCAGCGGGUCGAGGUGUGGGAGUACCGCGAGGCUCCAGGGCGCCCCGGCGGCAGGCGCGGUCUCCGCCUGGCACGGCGAAGGCGCCGACGGCACGACGUCGUUCGAGUUCGUGGUGGUCCUCACCAGGGAGGAGCACGCCGAGUACCAGAGAAGGCGCAGGGAGCGGGCCGCGGAGAAGAAGGCCCACGGGCGCCUUCAGGGCCUGACAGGCGGCUACCCGAGCUCCCCGCCUGCGGCCCCGCUCGAGGCUCGCCCAGUGCCGGCGUCCUGGUCCCUUCCCUCGCCGCGGUCACCGCCGGGGUCGCCGCGCGCCUCGGGCUCCCCAGGAGUUGCCGCAGCGGCGCCCGCCGCCGAGGGGAGGCCGCGGCCCGAGGGCGGCCCGCUCUCUGGGCUGCUGCGGGCGAUGUGAGGCAGCGCCCCGCCCCCGCGCGCGCCCUCCCGGCCGCCGAAGGCGGCGCGGAGGGGGAGGGUUGGG